AUCGCUGGCUGAGCGUCCCGCUGAAGAGCGUUUGGUACUGAUGUGGGAGUGAUCGGAUCGGAUCAGCGCGGCACUCCAAUGAUGAGCUUCACUAGAACUGUCCUGCACUGGAAUGGACUGUGGCAAACAUGUGUGUUGCCAUGGUGAUUAUUCACACUAAAACACUGGAAAAGAAGGCCGUCGAUGAUGUAGCAUCCACAGAGUCUCUGCAGCUGCAUGAGCCGCCGACCAUGAGCCAGGGGACGGCCCUCUUCUCCUUUGGAAUCAUGGAGUCUGGACGCUGGCCGGAGGUUGGCGGGGUGUGUGGUGUCCAGCAGCGGCCCGUGGGCUCCAGUCUGGAGAGUCUGUGGGACAGCGUGCGAGAGACGUGCUCUGCUCGUGAGGCGGGUGCCGCCGGUGGCAUCAGCGGUCUGCUGCAUGACCUCAGUCUGAGUGAAGUGCCCUCUCCUGGCAGCGCCGCGCCACCCAGCAAACGCCAGUGCCGCUCGCUGUCCUGCUCCGGCGAGCUCGGCUGUCGUUCCUCGUGGCGGCCGCAGGGGUCACGCGUGUGGACGGCCGUGGAGAAGCGUCGCUGCCACAGUGGGGGAAGCGUUCAGCGCGGCGCCUUUGCUCCAUCCGGGUUUCCCGCCAUGCAGCGCAGUUUCAGCUUCAGCCUGCCGACACGCAUCAAUCCGCCGGAGACCUUCAGCCGCGGCUUCCCUUUCUCCACGUCCCCGCAGACGCCACAGGCUCUCUACCUCUCGCACGAGCAGAUCUGCCCCACCGAGUCCAGCUCGCCCGACUCAACGCCAGAGCUGGAGCGCCGCAGACAGGGACUCGCCCGCAGCCGGUCACAGCCCUGCGUCCACAACGACAAGAAGACCGGCGUGAAGCGGAGGAGACCGGCAGACUCUCACAAACACAGGCCUUCACUGGACCUGCUCAAGAUGACACAGGUGUGUGUGUGCGCGUGCACGUUUGUGUGA